UAUGAGUAAUCUCUGUUUCUUUUGUUUGAUUGUCGUCAUCUUUACCGUCUCUCAAGGUAUCUUUAUUUCGCGGAAAUUCAUUGCAAAACUGGAAUUUGAUGAUAAAUUUUCAAAUAAUGAACUAUUAGGAGAAUACAACUCAAAGUCCUUGAUCGAGUGUGGGAUCAUCUGUCAAAGAGAGCGUAGAUGUAGCCUUUUUGGUUACAAUACAAGGUUAAAGAAAUGCCGUAUACACCAUAAGGCAUUCACUUCCGGAACGUCAAACCAGGCCGGUUGGAGAUACAUGUACUAUCAAUAUCUUCCUGUAGACUGUAAGGACCUCCAUGAUUGUGGUAACACUAAUUCAGGGGUGUACGAAAUCUAUCCCCUCGGGGCGCGUUCUAUCCGUGUUUAUUGUGACAUGAUGACACAGGGCGGUGGAUGGACGGUUAUCCAAAAACGAGUCAGUGGAUCCUUAAGUUUUAACAGGAACUGGGCGGAAUAUAAAAAUGGUUUUGGGGAUCCUGAACAAAAUAUGUGGAUUGGAAAUGACGUGAUCCAUCAAUUGACAAAGAAUAAAGACUCCCACCUCUACGUUUCCAUAACUACUCAGAAUGGCACGAAACUGUAUCAGUUGUACUAUCAAUUUAAUGUUUCAAGUGAAACUGAGAAGUUUAAAAUAUUUUUGUCGGGGGAUUCUACGGGGACAUUAGGUGACAGUAUGGUCAACACAGCGUUAACAUGGGAGAAUCAGUCUGGGAUGUACUUUAGUACCCCAGACAACGAUAACGACAAUUGGGAGAACAACUGUGCUGCCUUCCAUAACGGAGGAGGCUGGUGGUUUAAUAAUUGCCACCAAGCUUUCCUUAAUGGCCCCUGGACGCCAGUAGAAUGGAAAUACCCCUGGAACCCUCCGUUUGAGUAUGGAACAUCUGUUUAUGGAACUCUGAUGAUGGUCAGACGUGGCUAAGUAAAUAUAUUCCUUUUUAGUAAGGGACAUCUGUAGGAGAACUCUGAUAAUGGCCAGACGUGGCUAGGUUAAUAUCCUCUAUUCAAGUGAGUGAUAUCUGAUAGAAAUAUAUGCUGCAUGUUUGACUUUGGAAAUUUUUUUUAACGUUUGUAAUUAAUUAUUUCUGUGAUAGAAAAAUAGAACAUUUAUAAACUUCUCUUGUUCAUAUUUGCGAGAGAAAAAGUUUUAAAAAGCUUUUAUUGAAGCAAAAUUACAUUAUUGUCGUCCUGUACAUUUUAAAACUUUACUUACCGGGUUUGUCUUAUUGAUCAUAACGAUUUGAAUUACGUACAAAUUUAUAACAAUUUUACAU